AUGACAAUAUUCAAUAUGUACAUCUUCAAUCGCGAGGGAAAAUGUUUAUUCUAUGAUGAAUGGUUUCGCUCAAAACUCUCAGAUAUGAAAGCGGAAGAAGAACACAAAUUAGUAUUCGGCAUGAUGACUGCUAUGAAACUAUUUGCCGAGCAGCUCUCCGGAUCUGAUGUUAACCAAUCCAUCAAUUUCUACAAAACUUCCACGUAUAAAAUGACAUUUUUCGAGUCUCCAACUGGCGUAAAACUUAUUCUUAAUACUGAUCCAAACGCUUCUGGUGUGAGGGAGCUUCUUCAAAAGCUAUAUCAGGCUUGGUCGGAAGUUUCAAACUCGGCGCGAUCAUUAUUGAAAACUGAGAAGGAGCCAGACGCGAAUUUUUUGAAGAGCAAAGUUCGGGAUAUUGUUAUGAAACACCCCUGCUAUGUUUAA